AUGUUGGUUGCAUCAAAGAGCCAAGUGGAGAUUGAUCAAUUGAAGGCUCAGUUGAAUCAAGAGUUUGAGAUGAAAGACUUGAGGGAAGCUAAGAAGAUACUCGGGAUGGAGAUAAGCAAGGACAGAGUGAGAGGCAAGCUUUGUUUGACUGAAAAGCAAUAUCUGAAUAAGAAGAAGAAGUACCAGGCCCACUACCCGCUAAACCAGUUUAAGGUCGGGGACCUGGUUCAGCUCGAAAAGAGUCAGCCCAUUAGCAAGACGAAGACUUACUGGGCCGUUGCGGUCCUGCUGCGGACCAGGCCCAAGCCCGAGGGAGCCGAGGGGGAGCCGCCCAAGGAGUUGGGGAUUCCGUUGGAGUCAGAUAACCUGAGGAAUGAUGAAAAUGGGAAUGUGGUCUUUUGUUCACUUAUUUCUAAUAUCAUGCAUUUCUCAUGUUAA